AUGCUCUCUUUAUCAGAUGAUGUUCGUCUUCCACCUCCUGAAAUAAUUGUUCAUGACGAACAUUCGGUUUCAGCUGUAGUUCCAAGAUUCUUUCAAGAAGCUCCAUUUGAUUCCAUCAAACCAUCCUUCUUGUACCUUUUAGCUCUCUUUUCGAAGAAUGGUUCCGAGUGCAAUUCAUUCGGUCACAUCGAGGCAUAUCACAGAAAUCAAGACAAAUGUCUUUUGAGAAUUCGAGUUCAAAUGCCAAAAAUUGAUUAUACAGGCACUGAUAAUUACUACUACGAUGACCGAUCACCUCUUGAGUCCCAGUUUUCGAAAGAUUUAUUUGGAACUGCUCAAAAUGUCACAUUCUGGAAUGAAGUCACAAUUCGAAGAGAUGAAAAACUACAAAAUAGUUCUCUCGCAUUCGCAACUGUUUUGAAAUCUGAUCGAGUUGACUAUGUUUUAUAA